UGAAGGAAUUGUCUUUGAAAGUGAUCCAGGAGCCAGCAUUCCAAGUGUAGUCUCGACGCUGGCAGUGGAGUACUGGCUCUUAGGAAGCUGGUCGUAAAGAACUCGUGAGCUGCUGUGUUCUGUGUAUGAAGAUGAGCAGGAAAAGGAAAAAUCACUAGCAAGUUCAUCUGCUUCUUACUACACCACGUAUUAAAGUAUUAUAUUUUCAAGAAAUGGUGUGACCUAUUCAGUAUUAAAGAACAUCAUUCACAGGAAAACGUUUGUUUUGUGACAAACUUUUUAAACUAGAAUGGCUUUGAAAAAAAUGCCUAAACUAUUCAAGAAAUUAUUUUUUCACUGGAAACUUUGGAAAUUUAGCAUUAUUGUGUUUUUCUUUCUGGUUUUUAUUUUAUUACAAAGAGAAGUGGGCAUUCAAGAUUUUAGAGAUGAAGGAGGGAUUGAACCAAUUGUCAGAAAGAAAAGUCAUGUAUUAGGUCUUGUGCUAAAUGCUAUGAACAAUAUCAAUGGUGCAAAGCCAAAAAUGCAGAUAAAAGCACCUGUUCGGCAAACUAAAGUUCCUGGAGAGAAACACUGUUUGCCAGGACACUAUACUGCAACGGAACUAAAACCCUUUCUAGAUCGACCUCUUCAAGAUCCUAAUGCUCCUGGAGCUUCUGGUAAAGCAUUCAAAACCAUCAACUUAAAUUCAGAAGAGCAGAAAGAAAAAGACCGUGGAGAAGAAAAACACUGUUUUAAUGCAUUUGCAAGCGAUAGGAUUUCGUUACACAGAGAUCUUGGACCAGACACUCGACCUCCUGAAUGUAUUGAACAAAAGUUUAAGCGUUGCCCGCCAUUGCCAACCACAAGUGUUAUAAUAGUUUUUCAUAAUGAAGCGUGGUCCACUCUGCUCAGAACUGUUCACAGCGUGAUGUAUACAUCUCCGGCCAUAUUGCUAAAGGAAAUUAUAUUGGUGGAUGAUGCCAGUGUAGAUGAAUACUUGCAUGAUAAACUAGAUGAAUAUGUGAAACAAUUUCAAAUUGUUAAAGUAGUCCGUCAAAAGGAAAGAAAAGGUCUAAUCACUGCACGGUUGUUGGGAGCUUCGGUAGCAACAGGAGAGACCCUUACCUUUCUGGAUGCUCACUGUGAAUGCUUUUAUGGCUGGUUGGAGCCACUAUUGGCAAGAAUAGCUGAGAACUCUGUUGCUGUUGUAAGCCCUGAUAUUGCUUCUAUAGAUCUCAACACUUUUGAAUUCAGUAAACCAUCUCCUUAUGGGCAUAACCACAACAGAGGAAAUUUUGACUGGAGUUUGUCAUUUGGAUGGGAGUCUCUUCCUAAACAUGAAAAUAAAAGAAGAAAAGAUGAAACUUACCCAAUUAGAACACCUACUUUUGCUGGAGGUCUAUUUUCAAUAUCAAAAGACUACUUUGAACACAUUGGAAGCUACGAUGAAGAAAUGGAAAUAUGGGGAGGUGAAAAUAUAGAAAUGUCCUUCAGAGUAUGGCAAUGUGGUGGACAGUUGGAGAUCAUGCCUUGCUCUGUUGUUGGCCAUGUUUUUCGCAGCAAGAGUCCCCAUACUUUUCCAAAAGGUACUCAAGUGAUUACACGUAAUCAAGUCCGCCUUGCAGAAGUCUGGAUGGAUGAAUAUAAAGAAAUUUUUUACCGAAGAAACACAGAGGCAGCAAAAAUUGUGAAACAAAAAACAUUUGGAGACAUCUCAAAAAGACUUGUCUUAAGGCAGCGUCUGCAGUGUAAAAAUUUUACCUGGUAUCUCAAUAAUGUUUAUCCGGAAGCAUAUGUUCCAGACCUGAAUCCUUUGUUUUCUGGAUAUCUAAUAAACAUAGGUAACCACAUGUGUCUGGACGUUGGUGAAAAUAACCAUGGCAGCAAACCAUUGAUUAUGUAUUCUUGCCAUGGACUUGGAGGAAAUCAGUACUUUGAGUAUUCUGCACAUCAUGAAAUUCGGCAUAACAUUCAGAAGGAGCUUUGUCUGCAUGCUUCUAAAGGACCUGUGCAGCUUCGCGAAUGCAACUACAAAGGCCAGAAAACCUUUGCGCUUAGAGAGAAAUGGCAAGCAUCAAAAGGAUCAACUCUGUACAAUGCAGCACUACAUAUGUGCCUUACAGGAAAUGGAGAGCAUCCAAGUUUGGUAUCCUGCAAUCCAUCAGACCCCUUCCAGAAGUGGAUCUUUGGCCGCAACCAUUAAGAUUUGCUAUUUAUAGACAGGAGCAUUUUAUUAAAAAAAAAAAAAAAAAAAAAGCAGUUCCGUUCUACACUGUGACCAUAUAUGUAUACUGCAUUUUAAAAUGAUGCAUACUUUAAAUGCAAAAUGUUUAAACAGUUUCUUU